UUAGACAUCGAUACAUUGUAUCGCAACACAGCUGGGAGAAAAAAACGGCUUUAAAAUCAUACACAAGACAAAGUGUGAAUGCGUAAAUGUGCAAGUAUGUGUUACUGUGUACAAAAUAAACGACAGGUUAUGUUGUAAUUGUUGGGACAUUUGUUUGAUUAUAGUGUGGUUAAAUUCCGGCAGGGGGCCCAAUCACAAAAGCCUCCUUUUCUCCGUAAGCUAUCACUAAUUAAAGAUGACUAUUACUCUAAUUAUGAAAACGUCCAAGACGUCUAGAGUAGUAAGACUUCAGAGUACACAAUAAAGCUGGCCUCAUUAAUGAGACAAGUGCAACACCAUGGAUCCUUCUGUCAAGGUUUGGUCAUAUUGUCUUUUUUUGUUUUCAAUUUUCUAGCAGACAAUAUGACGACAGAGGGGGGUCCCAGUCCACGACCACUGCCAGAGAAGCUGUUCCACUUUUCCAAUUGUUUUUUUCCUCUCACCCUCUGCCCCUGGUGGGAAAGUAUUUAGGACUUUAGGUCUGUGACAAAUAAAAAUGUCAUCCCUGCUCAAGUCUGCCGCGAUUGUUUGUGGGCAAACUCAAGUCUUGAGAUGUUGCCUUACAGUGAGAGGAGAUGCUGGGAAUGGCUCUGUCCCCUUCACACGCACCCUUUGGUCAAGCCCAAGUUCUAGCCUUUCCCUAACAAUACCACUCUCAGCACAGGGGGUCCACCUCAACUCAAAGCUCAAACAAAUUCACAUAGAAACACCAUUGUACAGUAAAAGCCUUUUGAAUAUGACCGCCAACUGACACAUCUCGUUUCAGUUCAAGGGGGAGGAAAGUGGUUGGAGAAAAAUAAGUAACAAGGAAGGAUACAAAAGAGCGUCUAAUGGGCAUGGUGGAAAAAUGUAAUUGCAAAAAUUCUAAUAUUCUUCUAAAUAAACGGGGAUUUCAGAAAAUAUUGACAUUUGUUAAACAUGCACCAAUAGGGAAUUAAUGGGAGGGGCAGGUAUUUGUUUCAUAAAAAAAAAAAAAAAAAAAAAAAACACAUAAUGGAUUUUACUGUUGUGAAAUCUAAAAUGAAUCGUGAAGCAGGUGAAACAUGGCUAAAUACGUCCAGCUUAUCCGCUGAACAAAAUUUGCAAGAAAACAUCUCUCUUUUUUCAGUCAUAUUUUUUUCGCCAUUUAACCCUUUAUUUUCAACAUGGGCUGUUGUUGACCUAGUUUUGAUCAAAAUCCUUAAAAGUAGAGUGUUCGUUUUUUGGCAUAGUAUUUGUAUAAUCAGUUUUUCUACAAACGAUUGUUAAACAAUAGUUAGUGUAGUAGAACCAUGGUUCAGUUGUGGUUACUACAAGACCAUUUUUUUAUUAUUUGUGAUAAGAACCAUGGUUAAUAUAUAAGGGCAACUUACGUAUUAAGUAUUUACAUUCGUAAGUUUUUUUUUAUGUAAUAGGUAACAAUUUACCAAAAUAUAGACACAUAUUAAUAUCUUUCUUUAAUCGUACCAUAUUAUCUUUAAACAAUGGCACUUUUUGAUGCUUCGAACCUUAAACUACCAAACAUAUUAUUUAGAAUUUUUACAACUGCAUCCCAGUAAAUCGAUUUGGUACAAUUACAUUUUCCCAAAAUGCUUUAUAAUGGCUGAAACUCAAUCUGCAUAAGUAGUUUUUAAUUCAGGUAAGUUUGAUUAAAGAUAAACCGAAACACCCUUAAGUGCUCACGUUUUUCUUGUCCCGUUUCUUUGAUGGCUAUCAGGUGUUUAGUACUAAAUCACUUUUCCACCACUAGUUGAAAUGGCCAGCAUACAACUCCCACAAAAGCUAAGCCCCUCGUGCUUUGUAAAAAGGUCUGCAAGUUCUGGAGGAGCUGGCCUUUGAUCUGGCCUACACGACUUAGUCUAGCAAACACACAACGGCUACUCUCUCUCUCUCCCUCCCUCGUUCCCUCUCCUUCACUCCAUUCUUCUGUCUUUCUCAAUUUGUUGCAGUGUUCAGGGGUGUCAAAGGACCCGGGCUGUGACUCUAAAGAAGCGACAGCGAGUGGGACAUACACAUCGGACGCUCGGACAAUACAGGCUCAGGUUCCUGAAAUUGCUAAACCUGUUCCUCAGAAUGGAAGUGAAGAGCGAGAUGAGGGGAAGUCCAUCAGGAGGUCUAGUUCAAUAGUUGCAUCAGCAACAACUGGGAAUGCUGACCCCGAAAGCUUCAUCCAAGGAAUGCAGGGAUAUCAAUGGACAGACACAGACCUGGAGUUUAUAUAUGAAACCAAAAGGAAAAAGCAAGUUCAACAGGCGCAGCUGGAGUUAAGUGAAGUCCAGAAAUCUCUGAAGAGAAUGAGGCAAAUGCGGGACUUGGCCAUUGCUGCCCAUGUCAAAAUACAAACAGAGCUCUCUAAGGUGCCGUCGUGUGAUCGGAUGCAGCAGAUUUCCUAUAAAAUACUUCUGAGGUCCCAGAACUCCAGUCAGCUGGAAGGACUUGAUUUUAAAGCUCGACUUGCUCAGCUAAAGUAUGCUAAUGUGAUCUGCACUAUAGCCGAGGAGAAGACAGAGGUCAGCAAACUCAAGGCAGAACUGGAAAAGGCACAAGCAAUGAGAGAAAAGGAGGAGCAACUCACGAAGGACAUUGACAGCUAUAAGGAAAAGAUCAAUCAAAUCGAGGUAAACGUACAUACACUGACUGCAGAAAUAGCGGCUCUGGAAUCCCAACUGUCUGGUAAAGAGGAGGCACUACGGCCAGCUAAACAAUUGCAGCAAGUCAGAAAAGGCCUCCAAACCUCUGCUGCCUCUAAUGCCAAUAAAACCCAUCCAGCACUUAAACCUUCCGCAUCUGCAACAAAAUCUUCUAGUGCUGCUUCUGCCACGAAACCUACUAGUGCCACUUCUGCAACGAAACCUUCCAGUAUCAAUUCUGCCACCAAACCUUCAAGUGGCGCUUCUGUCGCAAAAACUUCUAGAGCCACUUCUGCCCUGAAACUUUCCAAUGAUGCUUCUGCCCCGAAACCUUCCAGUGCCGAACAUUCUGGUGCCACUUAUGCACCUGAACCCUCCAAAUGUUCCAGAUCUCUGUCUCCCCUAAAUUCUUCUAGCACCGCUUCUGCCCCUGAACCCUCUAAACCAACUAUAGCCACUUCUGGACCCAAACCUUCCAGUGCUGUUUCUGCCACCAAACCCUCCAAAUCUUCCCGUGCUGCUUCUGCCACCAAACCCUCCAAAUCUUCCAGUGCUGCUUCUGCCACCAAACCCUCCAAAUCUUCCAGAGCUGCUUCUGACCCCAAACCCUCAAAAUCUUCCAGAGCUGCUUUUGCCACCAAACCUUCCAAAUCUUCCAGGACUGCUUCUGCCCCCAAACUCUCCGAACCCUCAGCUGUCCCUAAACCCCCAAAAUCCACUGCAACCCCUUCAAACCCCCUCAAACCACCUGCUACCAUGAAAGACUCCAAAACUCUCAAACUCACCACCGGCAUAAAGGCUUCAGCAGAUGAUGUUGCUGGUCUGCGCCGCUCUAAAAGAAUUGCUUCUAAGAAAGAUAAGUGAUCAAUUUGUUUAGAACCUUUUUCUUACUCUCAUAUAUGAUGCCAUUUUUGUCUUGAAAUCAUGUUUUUGGAGUGGGAGGAUUUACUUUUAAACUGUUUUAAAUUUUUUUAUUAAAAUCAGAUGUAAUUGACAAAAUGGACAACAUGCAUUUAGAUGUUUUGCACUCUUUUUUUUUUCUUUAAGCCAUGCAUUAAGAGUGCAUUUUAUUUUGGAAUUAAUAAAUGUUUUUUCAACUGUCUCUA